CUCCAUUUCGCGUGUGUGUGUCGCGAUCAUGGUCGUCCGUUGGGGAAUCUGCUGUGCUGGGAAAAUCAGCCACGACUUCACAGUGGCGUUGAAGACUCUUCCUCCUGAAGAACACCAGGUGGUUGCUGUGGCAGCACGUGACUUAAAGCGAGCAGAAGAGUUCGCCAAGAAACACUGCAUCCCUAAAGCAUACGGCGGCUAUGAGGAACUGGCCAAAGAUCCCGAGAUAGGAGUUGACGAGAGCAUGGUGAUCAUGCUGAAGUUCUCUCGGGAAAGAUUAGCAGUGUGCACAUGCACAAUAGCUGUGAAUCUUCCGAACCAAGCCGCCAUCUUUGGAACGAAAGGAACUAUUCAGGUCCCUGCUCAUAUGUGGUCUCCUACAUCCCUGAUUGUAAAUGGGAAAGAGGCUCACUACCCAGUCCCUGAGCCGUGCCUGCCUCUCAAUUACAAAAACAGCACUGGUCUGAGAUACGAGGCUGAGGAAGUGAGACAGUGUCUCCUCAAAGGACUGAAGGAAAGUCCCAGGAUGUCUCACUCUGACUCGACUCUGCUGACUGAGAUAAUGGACGAAUGCAGGAGGCAAGUCGGAGUGGUGUACAGCCAAGACCUCCAGUAAGAUUUAUACAUUCUGGUUGUGUGCCAACAGUUUAACUUUACAUCAAUAAAAUAAGAUGUAUGGUUUUUUUGGGCCUGUGAUUUUUAAUAAAAAUUGGCAUUUUUAAACAAGGCUAGUCUGUUUUGGGCAAAUAAGUCCUGGGGUGGCCUGAUGCAACUUAAAGCUAUGAUUUUCAAAACAUGCAGUUAAAAAUGCAAUGGUAAGGUUGUGCGUCCCCCCCCCCCCCUCCUACAAGCUGCAACAUGCAGUCCAUUGUCACAUGCUCUAUUUGAAUACUUGGCUGUAAAUGUUAUCAAGUACACGAUUACGUAAUGACAGGUGUUUCUUUUUAUUCAGUUGAUCCAGUCUGACAGUGCAGCAGAGUGAAGUUGAUAUCACACAAUACAUAUUAAAUCCUAGUGUUACAAUCAGAAGCGCGUGGUUCCGAGAUCUGCACAGACACUCGAUGCCCACGGUCACUGCAAGCUUGAAACACGUACAUGAGAGAAGAAACCGGGAGGAAGCAUGAUGGAAUUGUUAACCUUCAUUUCAAUCCCCUCCAUUUUUUUUUUUUGAAAACACAGGACAACAGUAACUCAGAUUAGGAAAAAAAUAUAUAUAUAUAUUACGAGGUGCUGCUUCCCCAACAUCUCAAGUAUAAUACAGGUUGUAACAUUGCCUACAGUAGCUGUGGGAGUGUAGUGCAGAAAAAACAAAACCGGUGAAUAAAACAGAAGACACAAAAACCACACUUGAAUACAUUCGUCUGCACUUGGUCACGUUGAAAGUAAAGAAGCUGGAGCUGCUUGUGUACCCUUCUUGUUUCAGCACAUCGCUGUUGGUUCUACAGUCAGUGGGAAUGUUCUAGAACAAUACUGAGUGCAUGCUAAGUACAGUAGCUCUGACCUACACUGCGCUCGGACAGACAGCCGUCUGACUUGUAUAAGGAAUGACACACUGCUGUUUGUGAAUUAAAAAGAACUAAGGGUUGAUACGUGCCAGAAAAUAAGCGAGAAUACUUGACUGGGAUUGGACAAGAUAUCAAAACUGGCCUCUUACAGGUGAAGCCCAGCCUGGGAAACCUUGCUAACGCUAAUGCCAGUCUGCUAGAAGUACUUGAAUGAUGAGAGCAGAAGAAAGGUCAGAACUGCUGGAAUGAGUGGAUCUCUACUGCACUGGUACCACACGCAUGGUGUUGGUGUACCCGGAGCCUGGACGCCACCCGGUAAGCACGAUAACGACGUCACCGGUCUUGAAGAAUCCUCGAGCCUUGCCUAAAUAACACAAUGGAAAAAAA